AAGCGUACCCUGUACUGCUGUCCAAAAAGCGGGUUACACCUCUCUGCGCCCAGGAAGGGACCGGAAGCUCAGAGCAUCUCAGUGAAUGCGAGGGAUGAGUUCCGGGGGACACACCCUCUGGCCCAGGGAAAACCUUGCCCAAACUUCUGCUGCUUGGUUUUCUCGGGACCCUCCAGCUUCUCCCCGCUCCCCAACCCUCUGCUGGCUCUCUCGAGGCCUCUGGUGCCUUUCCUGGUUUCACAAACUCAUCCUCCAGGCCUAGCUCAGAGUUCCCUCCUCCAGGAAACCUUCCUGGAAGCCCUCUGCCCCUCACUGGGCUUCUUGGCCCUCUCUGGCUCAGGUCUUCCGAGAGUCCAGUCUGUCUCGGGCUCCCCGAAAGCCAGGAAACCGAGCCUUGGAAAUUACUUUCAGGUUAACCCAGGACAGCGCUGAACAGCAGAAUAAAUCGCUGAUGGUGGAAUUCCAGGCGCUGAGUGGGCGGGGUCUCGGGAGCGCCUUCGCACGGCCAAUUCUCUGGUUCUCGAUCAAAGCGGACGGGCGGCUCAUCUGCAAUUCGGGAAAAAUCUGGCAGGUUAGAGUUGUAAUUCUCUCCUGUCCCGCCCUGCUCAACUUUUUCACUUAAAAUAGGAAUAAACGAUGACACUCUCCGUCUCUGGUGAUUCCGUCUGUAACAAGUAUACAUCAAAUGCCUGUGUGUGCCAGGCAUUGAGAACCACAUUGGGCUCCUGCCUUCCCCGGGUUCUCGCCCAGAUGGAGCGGGCUCUUCAGGAUGGUCAAGGAUCGCGAAACAAGACAAAAGAGGCGAUGCCUAGGGCCCGAGCCGCCCGCUUGCCUAGUCUGCACGAGGCUCUGGAUUUCAUCCCCAGCAUCGACGGGGUUAGAGAAAACAGGACAGCCAACUAAAUGUGAAUUUUGAAUAAACAACGAACACUGUUUUAGUAUAACUGUAUCCUAUGUAACGUUUAAGGUGUAACUAAAUAUUUCUUCGUUUAUCUGAAAUGUAAACUUAAGAGCACUACUUUUAUUUGCUAUUACUAAUGGAUCCCCCCAAAGGAGCUUACAUUCUGAAGGGAGUAAGGAUUAACCAGAAGAGAACGCGAUGGGUGUCCUCCGCAGCUAAACAGCACGUGCAAACACCCUGAGGCAGAACCUGCUGUAAUUAUUUAUUCGCCACCCUGCUAGGUGGUUAUUGUUCUCAGGAAUCUUCCCUGACCAGGCCGCCCACUCCCACGUCCUGCCACGGUCAAAUCACGCCCAUCUAAGAUUUCAAGUCGGGUCUGUGAAUUCUGUGGCUUGCAGAUGGGCAAACAGGCUCCAAGGCGGAAACGAAGGUGGGGAGGUAGGGACACUUUGGAAAAAUGCACCCUCGGUGCGGGCGGGCACGAGCACCAGAAGUCAAAGUGGGCGGGCGAGAAUAAAACUCGGAAAACAACACGGGCGGCUACAAGAACCAGAGAGCCAGGCAGGCGGGCAGGAUUGAGAACUGGAGAGUGACGCGCGGCGGGCGGGGAAAGAGAAUCCAGGUUCGGCUCGGGCGGCGACGAGAAGCUGCGCUCGGGCGCGCGAGGACGGCGACCGGCGCGGGCGGGCGCGGCCUUUGUCUCCUCCUCCCGCGCGCUCGGCGGCGGCACUGGCCCCAUGAGUCCGCGGCCCCCCGGCGCCCGAGCCGCCCGCAGCCCCUAACCUGACCUGUCCUCGCCAUGGCCGAGACUGCCUCGGGCGCCGGGGGCACGUCCCUGGAGGGAGAGCGCGGCAAGAGGCCCCCGCCGGAGGGCGAGCCCGCAGCCCCUGCGUCUGGAGUUCUGGAUAAGCUUUUCGGGAAGCGGCUCCUGCAGGCGGGUCGCUACCUGGUGUCCCACAAGGCGUGGAUGAAGACCGUUCCCACGGAGAACUGUGAUGUGCUGAUGACCUUUCCAGACACCACUGAUGACCACACGCUGCUAUGGCUGCUGAACCACAUCCGCGUGGGCAUCCCUGAGCUCAUCGUGCAAGUCCGCCACCACCGCCACACGCGUGCCUACGCCUUCUUCGUCACAGCCACAUAUGAGAGCCUACUCCGAGGGGCCGACGAGCUGGGUCUGCGCAAGGCUGUGAAGGCCGAGUUCGGCGGGGGCACCCGUGGCUUCUCCUGCGAAGAAGACUUCAUCUAUGAGAAUGUGGAAAGUGAGCUACGCUUCUUCACAUCCCAGGAACGCCAGAGCAUCAUCCGCUUCUGGCUGCAGAACCUGCGUGCCAAGCAGGGAGAGGCGUUGCACAACGUGCGGUUCCUGGAGGACCAGCCAAUCAUCCCGGAGCUGGCGGCCCGCGGGAUCAUCCAGCAGGUGUUCCCGGUCCAUGAACAGCGCAUCCUGAACCGCCUCAUGAAGUCCUGGGUGCAGGCUGUGUGUGAAAACCAGCCUUUAGAUGACAUCUGUGACUACUUUGGUGUGAAGAUUGCCAUGUACUUUGCCUGGCUGGGCUUCUACACGUCAGCAAUGGUGUACCCUGCUGUCUUUGGCUCUGUCCUGUACACGUUCACGGAGGCUGAUCAGACAAGCCGGGAUGUGUCCUGCGUGGUCUUUGCGCUCUUCAACGUGAUCUGGUCAACACUGUUCUUAGAGGAGUGGAAACGGAGGGGGGCAGAGCUGGCCUACAAGUGGGGAACACUGGAUUCACCUGGGGAAGCUGUGGAGGAGCCACGUCCCCAGUUCAGGGGCGUGCGCCGCAUCAGCCCCGUGACCCGCGCUGAGGAGUUCUACUACCCGCCGUGGAAGCGGCUGCUCUUCCAGCUGCUCGUGAGCCUGCCGCUGUGCUUGGCCUGCCUGGCCUGCGUCUUCUUGCUCAUGCUGGGAUGCUUCCAGCUGCAGGAGCUGGUGCUGAGCGUGAAGGGGCUUCCCCGUCUCGCCCGCUUCCUGCCCAAGGUCGUGCUGGCCCUGCUGGUCAGCGUGAGCGCUGAGGGCUACAAGAAGCUGGCCAUCUGGCUCAACGACAUGGAGAACUACCGGCUGGAGAGCGCCUACGAGAAGCACCUCAUCAUCAAGGUCGUCCUGUUCCAGUUUGUCAACUCGUACCUGAGCCUCUUCUACAUCGGCUUCUACCUCAAGGACAUGGAGCGCCUCAAAGAGCUCCUGCUCGUCCUGUCCCUGUCCCAGAGCCUUGAGCGGCAGCUGCGGGCGGUGCUGGUCCCGCUCGUGGCCCUGCGGUUCCGCCUGCUCCUCCUCUCCCUCCGGGGCCUUCUGCUCUCGGCCCGGGCCAAAAUGCUGGCCACGCUGCUCAUCACCCGCCAGUUCCUCCAGAAUGUGCGUGAGGUCCUGCAGCCACACCUGUACCGUAGGCUGGGUCGUGGCCAGCUCGGUCUGCGGGCCAUCUGGGAGCUGGCCCGAGCCCUGCUCGGCCUGUUGAGCCUCAGGCGCCCUGUGCCUCACCGCCUCGAAGCCCAGGCCGACGAGGGCAGUGGCGGCGGCAGUGGGGGGGGCCGCAGGUGUCUCAGUGGGGGCUGCGGGGCACCUGAGGAAGAGGAAGAGGCCACAGUGGAGCGGAGACCAGCCGGGGAAGGUGGGGAGGUCAGGGACGGGCCCCGGGGGGGCAAGGAGGAGGCAGAAGAGGAGGAGGAAGAGGAGGAAGAAGAGGAGGAGGACGAUGACGAGGGCGAGGAAGGUGGCCUUCUGGACUGUGGGCUCCGCCUGAAGAAGGUCAGCUUUGCUGAGCGCGGGGCGGGGCGGCGCCGGCCUGGCCCAAACCCAGAGGCCCUCUUGGAGGAGGGAAGCCCCACCAUGGUGGAGAAGGGGCUGGAGCCGGGCGUGUUCACACUGGCCGAGGAGGACGACGAGCCUGAGGGUCCUCCUGGAAGCCCUGAGCGAGAGCCCCCAACCAUCCUGCUCCGUCGGGCUGGGGGCGAGGGCCGAGACCAAGGGCCUGAUGGAGGCCCAGACCCAGAGCCUGGCUCUGGGGACUCAGCCGGGAGGCAGAAGAGGCAGAACCGGUCAUCUUGGAUCGACCCCCCUGAGGAGGAGCCCUCGGCCCAGUUGACCCAGGCAGAGCUGGAGAGCUGCAUGAGGAAGUACGAGGACACCUUCCAGGACUACCAGGAGAUGUUCGUGCAGUUCGGAUACGUCGUGCUCUUCUCGUCCGCCUUCCCGCUGGCCGCGCUCUGCGCCCUGGUCAACAACCUCAUCGAGAUCCGCAGUGACGCCUUCAAACUGUGCACGGGCCUGCAGCGGCCCUUCGGCCAGCGCGUCGAGAGCAUCGGCCAGUGGCAGGUCAUGGAGGCCAUGGGCGUGCUGGCGAUCGUGGUGAACUGCUACCUCAUCGGCCAGUGCGGGCAGCUGCAGCGCCUCUUCCCUUGGCUGAGCCCGGAAGCAGCCAUUGUGUCCGUGGUGGUGCUCGAGCACUUCGCUCUGCUCCUCAAGUACCUCAUCCAUGUGGCCAUCCCCGACAUCCCAGGCUGGGUGGCCGAGGAGAUGGCCAAGCUCGAGUAUCAGCGCAGAGAGGCCUUCAAGAGACACGAGCGCCAGGCCCAGCACCGCUACCAGCAGCAGCAGCGGCGGCGGCGGGAGGAGGAGGAGCGCCAGCGCCACGCAGAGCAUCAUGCCCGCAGGGAGCGUGACACCAGUGGCCGGGAGGAGGCCAGGGCUGAGGGCGCUGGGCUGGACCCCGCCGCCUCCGAGAAGACCUCUGCCAAAGCCAAGGGUGGCGGAGCGGGCAGCCAUGGGCCUGAGCGGCCCAAGCGCCCGGGGUCCCUGCUGGCACCCAACAAUGUCAUGAAGCUGAAGCAGAUCAUCCCGCUACAGGGCAAGUUCCUGUCAUCAGGGGCCACGUCCUCGCUGGCCGGCACAGGGACUGGCCCUGCCACUCGGCAGCCCUCUGCCCAGUCACCCACCGGCAGUGACACCCGCCUACCGGCCUUCCUCAGCUUCAAGUUCCUCAAGUCGCCCGAGACCCGAAGGGAUCCGGAGCGCAGCCACUCGCCACCCAAGGCCUUCCACGCCGGCAAGCUCUUCCCUUUUGGCGGGACCCGGGCUGAGACCGGGUCCAACGGGGCGGGCGGGCAGGCCCGACAGGACGGGACCCCCAGCGGUGGCAGCAGCCGGGCCCAGAGGAGUGGGCCAGCGGACGAGGCCUCAGCUGAGGAGCUGGAAGCCCCCCGGCCCGAAGAGGAAGGCUCAGGUCACAAGCUUUAACUCGGGGGUGGGGACGCUGGGCCCGGCUUUGGGGGUAGGGGUGGGGUGACGAGGCCUAGGGAGAAGGGCUGAAGGGGACAGAGGAGGCCCCGUCUUUGGUACUGUUAGGGGACCUGGGUCAGUGGGACAUGGAGCCUCUAAGUCAAGCCUGCUCAGUCUCUGGGACCCUGGAGAGCCUGGAGCCCUGUGCCUGACCCUCCUCACACCCAGGGAGGGACGCCAAAGCCCCCUGUCUAGUACCCCUCCCAGGGUACCCCCACCAUGCUCUGGUGCCAGGAGAGGUGAGGGAGGCCCUUUACCUCCUGGCCCACCCUCUCCUGCUCCCAUGCCCGGCUCACUCUGGGGGACUGGACCCCCCCAGACCUCUAUGCAAAUCCCCAGCCUGCAGCCCAGGGGUUCAGGAAGGACUUCUUUGGAGGUGGAGGCUGGGGCUGCCCACCCAGGGCACUGGGUUACAGGCUGCACCCACCUUAGUGCAGAGCCUUGGCACGGCCCCAUCCCAGGACCCCUACCACUUUGCCUGCCCCAACCCUAGUCUGGGGGGUCCAGUAGCCUGAUCCCCAGGUCGCCUGAGAGGUGGCAGCUGCAGUACAAGGGCAUAGGUCAGAAGUCAGAGGGACUUCCUCAGACUCCCCUCCCUGUGCCUGGGAGAGGCCAGGGAUGCAAAGUCGCCCAGGGGAGUUACCCACCCCCGUCUCUGAUCUGAAGCAAUAAGGCCUUUCACGUGCCUGGAAGCCGGGAGGGAGCGCGGGCAGGGUCGCCCACCCCGUGGGGUCUGGCGGGGGCGGCAUGCCCCCGGAACGGCCCCUCUCGCCUCCGCAGGGACAGCGCU